AUGGGGUUGCAGCAGGUUUAUUCUGGAUUUCUCUGUUUACUUACAGGAUUAUUUGUAAGUACAAAAAUUCAGUUAUGUGAUGGUGGAAUAACAAGUUAUUAUGUGAGAAAUUCUAAUUCUAAUGUGGAUAUGCCAUUGAACAGUGAUGUAUUUCAAGUGCCACCUGGUUACAAUGCUCCCCAGCAGGUUUACAUAACACAAGGUGAUCAUGAAGGAAAGAGUGUGAUUGUAUCGUGGACCACACCUGAUGAACCCGGCUCAAAUGCAGUCCUCUAUUGGGCCGAAAAUAGUAAUGUUAAGAGCUCCGCGGAGGGCUUUGUGGUUAGCUACAAGUACUAUAAUUACACGUCUGGAUAUAUACAUCACUGCACUAUCAAGGAUCUUGAGUUUGAUACAAAAUACUACUAUGAAGUGGGGUUAGGAAAUACAACCAGACAGUUUUGGUUUGUAACUCCUCCAAAACCAGGACCUGAUGUUUCUUAUACAUUUGGUCUCAUUGGGGAUCUUGGUCAGACCUAUGACUCCAAUAGCACACUGACUCAUUAUGAGUUAAGCCCUCUAAAGGGCCAGACAUUACUCUUUGUUGGAGACCUCUCUUAUGCUGAUAAUUAUCCAUUUCAUAACAACAUACGAUGGGACACUUGGGGGAGAUUUAUCGAGAGAAGCGCAGCAUAUCAACCUUGGAUUUGGACUGCUGGAAAUCAUGAACUCGAUUUUGUUCCUGAAAUCGGCGAAUCUAAACCUUUCGUACCUUACAAGCACCGAUUUUCUACACCUUACAGAGCAUCAGAAAGUACUUCUCCGCUUUGGUAUUCUAUAAAGAGAGCUUCGGCCUAUAUUAUCGUCAUGUCUUCUUACUCAGCUUUUGGUACAUACACUCCUCAAUGGAAAUGGUUGAAAAAUGAGUUGCCUAAAGUUAACAGGAGUGAGACACCAUGGCUCCUUGUCCUCAUGCAUUGUCCAAUGUACAGUAGUUAUGUACAUCACUAUAUGGAAGGGGAAACAAUGCGAGUUAUAUAUGAACCAUGGUUUGUGAAGUACAAGGUGGACGUUGUCUUCGCUGGUCAUGUUCAUGCCUACGAACGAUCAGACCGCGUAUCAAACGUGGCCUACAACAUCAUAAAUGGGAAGUGCAGUCCAGUUAGGGAUGAGUCUGCCCCUGUAUAUAUUACUAUUGGAGAUGGAGGAAAUCAAGAGGGAUUAGCUACAGAAAUGACACAGCCACAGCCAAGAUAUUCCGUCUAUCGGGAAGCAAGCUUCGGGCACGGGGUACUGGAUAUUAAAAACAGAACUCAUGCCUAUUUCGGUUGGCAUCGUAAUGAUGAUGGAUUUUCUGUUGAAGCAGACUCGUUAUGGCUUCUUAACAGAUACUGGAAGUUGGAGGAAUCCGCUGUAGCUCUUUCAUGAAAUAAGAUUGUCUCGUUUAUCGCUUACUCAAAACCCGUCUGAUAAGCACGAUUAUAGUCUACAGAGACUAUUACAGAGAGUUUUCAAUGUUAAUUUACUCUCUACAGAGUCGCACACUAAUUUUUCUUCACAAGCUCUUUGUUUUCAUUUAUUAUAAUUAAUUUUGACAAAAUCACAAUAAUUGUCUUGUAUUAUACGUGAAAUUCACGUGUCCGAUGAUGAAUAUAUGUGCUACUCUCUUGAGAGUCAC